AUGGCAAACCCUCAACCCGAUGAUUUCGACUCCCUCUUCAACCUCGAAGAGGAAUACUACACCGAAGGCUACAAUCUCGGAGUAGCAGAUGGAUCACGCGCCGGUCGCAUCGAGGGCCGCCUCUUCGGCCUCGAAAAAGGGUUUGAAAAGUUUGCAGCAAUGGGAAACCUAGCAGGCAGAAAUGCCGUUUGGGAAGCAAGAAUUUCAGAUCAAAAUUCUGCUGCUACUGAGGCAAGCGAGUACAAGUUGCCCAAGCUUUCAGGUGGUACUAGAUUGCAGAAGCAUUUGCAGACCCUGUAUGCUUUGACAGAGGCUGAGACUUUGUCUACUGAGAACAACGAGGAUUCGGUCACUGACUUUGACGAUCGCCUCAAGCGUGCUGAGGGCAAGGUCAAGGUCAUCGAGAAGUUGGUCGGAGAGGGUCCUCUGACCCUCGAGGCUUCUCAGCCUGCUACUUCUGGCAGUGGCAGCGCACAAGAAAGACGCCAAAUCAAGAUCAAGAGAACAGAUGCUGGUGGAGAGAGUAGUAUGGAAGAUUUCAAUAUUCGCCAUGCUCGCUCCUGA